AUGGCCGUGAUGAAAGCGCCAAACUGGCGACUGAUCAGUAGUGGAAUGCCCAUAGGGUCUCUCGCCUCUGGCAGGAUUAGCUUGGGCAGACUCUCUCGCACGUUCACCGCCUCUUCUGGUUGCCAAUCCAAUGCAUCUCGUUCCAAGCAGGCAAUGCCAACAGCACCACUUGCCGUGGAUGGUCAAAGAUCAACGCCAUUGUCAGAUGCCUUCUCCUUGAAGGGAAAGGUCACUGUGGUAACUGGGGGUGGUCAAGGUAUCGGGCUUUCUCUUGCACGAGGCGCGGCCGAGUUAGGCAGCGAUGUAGCCGUUCUAGAUCUUUCAGAGAAUCCAAAAGAUGAAUACGCUGAGUUGGAGAAGACUGAAGGGAGCUAUGCUGAAUGGAGCAGCAUUACAUCUGCAGGAAUCGUCGCUGACAAGUCAUUCUUCGAGACGACCUGGGAGGAGGCCUCGAAGAUCUUGAAUGUGAAUCUGCUGGGCACAUACUUCACAGCGCAGUUGGCUGCAAAGAGGAUGAAAGCGCAGAGUUCUGGAGGCAGUAUUGUGUUGAUCGCUUCGAUUUCUGCUCAUGCAGCUCUGCCAUCUCAGAACCUAUCUAUCUACGGUUCCUCCAAAGGCGCUGUCAAGACAUUAGCGCGGCAUCUUGCCGUCGAACUCGGUCCAAUAGGAAUUCGGGUAAAUUCUGUGUCACCUGGAGCGAUUGAAACAGAGUUGACGAGAAACCUUGCCGUGACGAACCCUGAAUUGAUGUCGCGUUUUCGAGCCUCCACCCCAUUGGGGCGUGUUGGCCAGAGAGAGGAUUUGAAAGGAAUUGUAGGAUACCUCAUGAGCGAUGCUGCUGCAUACACGACGGGUACGGAUAUUUUGGUGACCGGGGGUAUGCACGCAGGCCAUCUCUGA